CACGACGCCGUUCCGAAAACGUUUUUUAGUGUGUGCAUUUUAUUUCAACUGUAAUUUUUGUAUUUUGGAUGCGUGUCUACUCCUCGGUAACUGAGCGUGUGUGCGAACGAGUGCGUGUAAAAUUGUGUUAAUAUCUUUUUGAAAUGCAAAUGAAUUGCGUCUUCUCGAUCUAAUCCAUGAGCAACAGCUACAAGACUCGCAGCAGCGACGAAGCGCUGGCCGAACAGCUCGGUCUGCAGCAGCAGCAGCAACAGCAACAGCAGAGGAAGCAUCUGGAACCCACCUAUAGACAAAUAUCAGGCGCCAUGGCCACAUUGCCGCGUCCAGAUGCAGAGCAGCGCCUGCGCAGCGAUUCUUCGAUCACCACACGCACUUGUGUGUAUAUAGGUGGUGGCAAUGCGAGUGGAGCAGCCACCUUAGAUCGCCACCAGCCACAUCGUAUGUCCUGGCUGAAUAUGCGCAGGGCCAAAGCUGAUGCCGAAAUGGGCGCAGUGACGCCCUCGCCACAGACUACGCGCAGUUGCAUCUCCACUGUCUCCAGUGUGGUGGACAGUGGUGGUGGAGGAGGCAGUGGCGCCGCCGCCAGUGGACGCACCACAGCCACAUCGGGUCAUAUCGGCUCCAGCGGCAUCAUCACGCUUAGCGGCAGCAACAACACAUUGAGCGAGCUUCAGACAGGCUUCCAUGACUUGCACGAUGAUGCCUCGAAAAGCUAUUCAACUCACAACAUCACCACAGCCAGUAAUGCCAAGCUGUUGCCCGCUCCCGAUGACGAGUCAAAUCAACAGACAAAAUGCUCCGUCUUUCGCGGUCUUGUGCUUUGCAUUUGUCUCAAUGUCAGCUAUGCGAAUGUUGUCCGCUUUCCACGCGAACUGGAUCGCCAUGGUUCGGCCUUUUUGUUACCCUAUGUUGUACUGUUAUUUCUAGUCGGCCUGCCCAUGAUUCUAUUGGAGAUAUCUGUCGGCCAAUUCUUGGGACAAGGCGCAGCGCACACCUGGCGAGCAUCGCCCAUAUUCAAAGGGGCCUGCAUCAUCAGCCGCUUUGCGUCGUGGGUGUCGGCCAUUUGGAUAUCAUUGCAGGCCGUGCUGGCACUGGCCUACAUUGGCAUGUUUGCCUUCAACACCUUGCCAUUUCGUGAGUGCGUGGGCAAUCUUAAGAUGAGCAUGAUUGGUUACACAGUGACGGGUAAUAGUGGACAGGAGUGCCUGCAGCAAACCUUUCUGACACCAUUCUGGAAGAAUCCGUUGUACUUUGGUCUGCUAUCGGCUGCUUUGAUCGCCCUUUGGAUAAUUGUCAUGUUGUGCACUCACAAUGGUAAGAUUCUGCGUCGCAGUCUCUUUGUCUUUGGUCUGGCCGGGCUUUGUCUGCUCUGCGGUCUUACAGGCUGGGAGGUGAGGAACUCCUUCUCGCGCCACUACUUUCCGGAGCUAUGGGGCUUUGAUGCUUCGCUGUUGGUCGAGAGCAAUAUUUGGUUUAAUGCACUGAUGCAAGUGCUCUUCUCGGUUAAUUGCGGCUUUGGAGCUUUGCCCAUGCUCACUGGAAAGUUUCUGUACAAAGGCGAUGCUGUCCGCACCUCUGUCGUGUAUUUAUGUUUUAAUCUGCUGGUCAAUGCCAUCGCCGUGACGCUGUUCAUGGUGCAGUUUGAUCUCUCGUCCAAUGGCUAUCAGCUCAUGGAUGAGCUGAAGCCACUGACUGCCAUUUAUGAUCGCGUUUUGUAUGGAACUCAAUCGCCGAACGCAUGGCUACAGCAUUUGAUUCCCUCGCUGAUCUAUGCGCUGAUCAUUAUUGCUGCUCUCGUCUCCAUCACAGUGGCCAUUUACACAUCGACGCGUUUGGUGCCUCGUCGGCCCAAUUAUGUGAUCUGUCUCGUUGCGCUUGUGGUUGCGGUGAUGUCCUUUGCGGCUCCCAAGUUCCAGAUUGCUCGAGUGCUGGACUCACGGGUGGUGGGAACGAUGAUUGUCACGGCUCUGGUUUUUGAGCUCAUUGCCAUCACUUGGAUCUAUGGGGCGAAGAAUAUUUACACCGAUCUCGAGUUUUCGAUAGGCCGACCAAUUUUCAAGGGCUGGAUGUGGCUGUGGUGCAGCUGCCCGGCCAUUCUGACGGGCAUCCUGGUCUGGUGGUGUGCCGACGAUGAUUCUGAUGAUCUCCUCUCUAAUUAUUUGCCGCGAUGGGCGCCCAUACUCUUUGUUCUGGGUGUUAUAUUGAUCAUAGCGUGCGUGCAAAUCUUCCGACAAGUCGAGUACAACUUCUUCGGCAUGAUUUGUGAAGCUUCUAAGUCGGCCAAAGAGUGGGGACCGGCCGACCCUCUGGCGCGGCAUGCCUGGAAACAGUGGCGGUCCGUGUGUCAGGAUACAGGACGUCGUGACUUCACACUGCGGCGCCGUGGCACGCGUGACUACACGCACUCUAUCAAGAAGGGCCAAUACUCGACCGCCCAAAAGUAUGCAACAAAUGGACAAGCGCCACACCAGCCACACUGGAAGAGCUCCACACCAGGAAACAGCUCGCCCAACUACAGCGGCUCCAUGUUCGGCGACUCGGCCAUUGAGGAGGACAUCAGCGUGGACAAGUUUCCGGGCAUCAAUCAUCAGCAGUACGUGCCAUUCCAACCCAACGAUGGCAAGCCCCUGAGGUAUUCGCAGCGCACGCGUCAAAUGGCGCAACCACAGACCCAUACGCAGAUCCGCUCCCACGCACACACCCACACCCACAACCAUGGUAACGCCAAUGCAGCCGCAUCGGUGGAAAAACAUCGCGAGGUAGUCUACAUACGACGUCUGUCCGACGGAGGCAGCGGCACUCAUGCCACCCGCAUCGAGAUCACGCCCUCCAACGAGUCCAUUACCUAUGGCAAUGGUCACAAUGUGUCGGCUAUGGCCCGCAAUCCGUUGGGUCGCUCCACGGGUUGUCUAGCAUCGACAGUGCCCCAUGGCCAAAACCAUCACAUAAAACGCUCCGCCAGCUCCGUGGUCAACGUCAAUACGCACAAGUUGCCGCCGCCCACAUCGACGGCGGCUGCCGAGCACAUUUGUUGGCGUAAAUUUAAUGUUAAUCCCGAGGAGUACUCUACAGAGCUGUGAGACGGGCAAAAGAAAGAGGAAAAGAAAACGAAACAUUCACAUUCAAAAGACUUGUUGCAUCCAAAAUAACUGUAUCUGUAUUCAGUUUGAAGCACAUCUAGCUCUAAGUUACGAGUUAUGCCUAUGCAAAGUGUAUUAUCUAGUUUUCAACUGUACAUAGUGAAAAUGUCUAGCUGUAGUUUUUUGAUUCUAGCUCUCAACAUAAUUCCGUUGUCAUUAAUUGUUUGGAAAUCGGCGAAAGCAGUGCACAUAGGCAUUCGGCUGCUUAGUCUUAGUUUGAACUGUAGGCCUAGAAUUAUAUUCGUAUGCAUGUUGCUUAUUUAAGUACUACUGUACUGUAUCUGUAAGUACGCCUUGUGAAUUGUGUGAAUGUUACUUGUAAUCCAUACAUACUAUGUCUAUGUGUAACUAAAUGAACUUUGACAUCGUCUUAUGAAUUUACAUAUACCAUGGCGAAUCUGUAUUAAGUUGUAAACUAAAACACAACGAUCACGAAAA